AUGAUAUUGAAUACAGAUGGUGCGCUAAAAACUAUUACGGGUUUGGCUAGCGCCGGGGGUCUCAUUAGAGAUGACCAUGGACGUUGGGUCAUGGGUUUUGCUACAAAAGUGGGCUUUACAGACAGCUUCUCAGCGGAGCUGUGGGGCCUAAGGGAGGGUGUACGGCUCUAUCUGAGAGAAGGGAUCGACAAAGUUUGGGUGGAAAUGUAUUCAGCAGCAGUUGUGGCCACGAUGAAUAGGCUUACAGCCUUGGAGAAGGCCGGCUAUGAAUCUUGCAGACAGAUAUAUACGGUGAAGGAUUUGGAUUUCCAGUGCAGUGGUGUAAAAGGAAGACGUGGCACAGUGCUGAGAUCUGCUUUGGAAAACAAUCAUAGAAUUAUGAACUUUUAUCAUGCCAAAACGUUGGCGGAUGCAGAUUCUUUGGAUGCGAUGACAAAGGAAAACAUGAAAGUAAGUUUCUGA